GUCCUCACUUCCUUGUUUGGUUGCCAAAGACAGUUGCAGAUAAGUCCUUGCGUGCCAGAAUCACUACAAGCGCUGUCAUUGCCUACUUUGUUGGGUACACACGCUUACCUCGAUACAUCGAAGAAGCCCCAGGAAGACUGGGCCGUAGGCCUACAAUAUGGCAGUACGGAAGGCAGUGAAGGUAGCCGCCUUUGGCGGUGGAACUCUGGUUGCAUUGUAUGCCUUUUCAGAACUGAGGGAGCAAAAGAAAAAACAGCCUCAAUGGGCCCGAGUGCAGGCUGCGGAACAGGUGAAAGUGGCCUUCCAGGAUGAGCUCCCCUCCAGGGCAGCCCAGCUCGGGGCCCUGGGCCACGCCGACGAGUUCGACGUGCUGGUGGUCGGGGGAGGGGCCACGGGCGCAGGUUGUGCCUUAGACGCCGUCACACGCAAUCUCAAAACUGCCCUGGUGGAAAGAGAUGAUUUCUCAUCGGGGACCAGCAGCAGGAGCACCAAGCUCAUUCACGGCGGAGUCCGAUAUCUACAGAAAGCCAUCAUGAAAUUAGAUUAUGAACAGUAUAUGAUGGUGAAGGAGGCUCUCCAUGAACGCGCCAACCUGCUGGAGAUUGCUCCUCAUCUGUCUGGCCCAUUACCCAUAAUGCUUCCUGUCUACAAGUGGUGGCAGUUACCGUACUACUGGGCCGGGAUCAAGAUGUAUGACCUGGUGGCUGGUGCGCAGUGCCUGAAGAGCAGCUACGUCCUGAGCAAGGCCAAAGCUCUGGAGCUCUUCCCCAUGCUGAAGAAGGAUAAGCUGGUGGGAGCCAUCGUCUACUACGACGGACAACACAACGAUGCUCGAAUGAACCUCGCCAUCGCCCUCACCGCUGCCAGGUAUGGGGCUGCCAUAGCCAAUUACACUGAAGUGGUGCACCUCCUGAAGAGGGCAGACCCGGAGAGCGGCGCUGUGCGGGUCUGUGGAGCGCGCUGCAGGGACGUGAUCACAGGGCAGGAAUUUGAUGUCAGAGCCAAAUGUGUUAUCAAUGCCACGGGACCUUUCACGGACGCGCUGCGCAAAAUGGAUGAUCAGAAGAUCCCCAACAUCUGUCAGCCCAGUGCUGGGGUGCACAUCGUCAUCCCGGGCUACUACAGCCCGGACAACAUGGGCCUUCUGGACCCCGCCACCAGUGAUGGGCGAGUCAUCUUCUUCCUGCCAUGGGAGAAGAUGACCAUCGCCGGGACCACCGACACGCCCACCGACAUCACCCCCCACCCCGUUCCCUCCGAGGAGGACAUCAACUUCAUCCUCAAAGAGAUCCGCAACUACCUCAGCCCUGACGUGGAAGUGAGGAGGGGAGAUGUCUUGGCCGCCUGGAGCGGGAUCCGCCCCCUGGUCACUGACCCCAACUCUAAGGACACCCAGUCAAUCUGCCGCAACCAUGUGGUCAGCAUCAGCCCGAGUGGCAUGGUCACCAUCGCAGGUGGAAAAUGGACAACAUAUCGCUCCAUGGCUGAGGAGACUCUGGAUGCUGUAGUGAAGACCCACGGCCUGAAAGCUGGACCCUGCAGGACGACGGGACUGAUGCUGGAGGGAGCCAAGGACUGGACCCCCACCUUGUACAUCCGCCUGGUGCAGGACUACGGCCUGGAAGUGGAGGUUGCCCAGCACCUGGCCUCGGCGUACGGCGGACGGGCGUUCGAGGUGGCCAAGAUGUCGCACGUCACCGGGAAGAGGUGGCCCAUCGUGGGCCAGCGGCUGGUGUCUGAGUUCCCCUACAUCGAGAGCGAGGUUCAAUACGCGAUCAAAGAGUACGCCUGCACAGCCAUCGACGUGAUCGCACGGCGCACCCGCCUCGGCUUCCAGAACGUUCAGGCGGCCGACGAGGCCCUGCCCCGCAUCGUGGACCUCAUGGGGAAGGAGCUGGACUGGAGCGAGGAGAAGAAGAUGGGCGAGCUGGCGGCUGCCAAGCGGUUCCUGCACUAUGAGAUGGGCUACAAGACGCGCUCGGAACAGCUGACUAACACAGAGAUCACGCUCUCCCCCGCCGAAGUCGACAGGUACCAGAAGCGCUUCCACAAAUUUGACAAAGAGAAUAAGGGCUUCAUCACCACGGUGGAUGUUCAGCGAGUCUUACAGAGUAUAAAUGUGAAGAUAGACCAAAUCGCUCUUCACGAGAUUCUCAAUGAAGUGGACCUCAACAAGAAUGGACAAGUGGAACUCAUUGAGUUUUUGCAGCUGAUGAGUGCGGUGAAGAAGGGCCAGGUCUCAGACAACCGUCUGGCCAUGCUGAUGAAGACAGCCGAGGAGAGCCUCAACCAGAGGGAGCCCGUGUCUGUGGACCGCAGCGGGGGAGGGGUGUGAGCCAAUCCACACACACACACGCGCACACACACACACACUGCCCCUAACACCCCCCACACACCCCCACCCCCAGCAAACCCCAGCUCAGGGCCUGUGCCAUGGAUGAGGAGAGAGAAACUGCUGCCUCACAAAACACGCUCAACAUCGCAUUGAAUUUCAAUAUUUUCUUCUCAGAUGUUGGUAUCAGAGGACUGUUUAUUCAUUUAUGUUACUUUUGUUUUAUUUAUUUAUGCAUGAGAAUGCAUUUAUUUAAAAAAAAAAAAUAUAUGAAUGUAAGAUUAUUUAUUGCUUUGUUUGUAUUUCUAUUCUGCUUUACUCCAGUGGAAAUGUUUUUGUUUUUGUUUUUAUUUCACUAUAAAAGCUAUUUUACUGCCAAGUACUGUACUGUGCAGCACACAGAAUGCCAUACAGGACAUAUCAACUAAGUUGUCUUUGACUUGUCUACUGUUCCACUGUGCCAUUUGACAUAUUUACAGUAUAUAUUUAUAUAUUGUAUAUUUAUAUAUUUAUAUGUGUAUUACACCAGAGCAAUAGAUGUGUCCUAUGCUGUGUUUAGAUGUGACUGUGGCCCUUCAUAUACCUCAUGCACUGUCUGCAGGGCUCCACCCGAGAGGUCACAUGACCUGGCUUCUGUUGGGACGCUGCUGUACUUUCACUUCAAAACCUAAUUGGAAAAUAAUUGCAUUUUUCACUUGGGCUUCAUCGACAGCUAUAUUUUAUUCUGUGUAAAAUGGACUUUUAAAUGCUACAUAUUUAUUAGAUUAAUUUAGUCAGUGUCAAAUGAGAUACAAAUCAACAGUAAGUAUGCUUAAAUAUUCUGAUAGCUUUUUUUUCUCCCCCCACCCUCUGCAGAAGGUGCAUGCGAUUGGCUCUUGGAAAUAUUAUUGUCUGCUCUGAUUUUAUUAUGCUGAGUGGAAUUAAGUAUUGUGUUUGAUGCAGGCGUUUAAUUUCUCUAUCUGUCUGUGCACUCUGUGUUUUUAUUACUAUUAAUUUAUUACUUGUGGUUUGUGUGGUGAAGCCCCUUGCGUUUAUAGAGUAAUAAGGGAAUGUAUUUAAUGUGCCUUGCUUUUGGAUCCUGUACGAAUUGAAAGCAUGAAUCAAAGGGGCUGAUUAAGCUGGAGCCCUCCCUGGCUUUUAAGCGUGCUUAAUUUCACUCCAUCUAUAAAUAAUGCAAUUACUUUUUUUCUCUCCUGGUGCUCUCUGUUAAAGUACAGCUCUCGGACUGUGCGUCCGCUAGUGCUAAGGAAACAGAACACAAUUGUGUGUGUUUUUUUUUUUUUUUUAAAGAUCUAUCUCAGAAAAGUGUUUUCUUGUUGUUGCCCCGAUACCCCAACAAACUCCAGUUUGGUAGCUCACAGAGGGGUUGUUAAUUGUUAUAAGUAGUGCUGCAUCACCCAAGGAACGGGCAAGUGUGGAGGAUCUAUUCUCCGUUUGUGUUUUAUGCUGCAGAUGUGGGCAGUGUGACUCGCUGACUCUCCAAACAAACAAAGAAUUAGAAAAGAUUCAAGACGGGCACUGCAUGUGUGAGGGCUUAAUCGCGCGCUCCCUGCCAGCGGCCGCUCCUGAGGAUACUAGAUACGGGAUUGGAUUUACUGGUAGCUGAAAGAAUUUUUUGUUCAUGGGAAGUGUUUUUUUUUUUCAUUGUGUGCAAAUGUGGCAGGGUUUGCUACCAAGAAAGCAGUCAAAACACAACUAAAUGAUUUCAUUAAAAAAGGGGUGUUGGUGGGCUAACGGCUUGCUGACCACCCUGAUCGAUUGUCACUAUUUGCCUUGUUUUGUUUUCCUUUCCCUUCCAUCUAUCCCGUCAAUCUGCUUGGCUUACCCUCCAUAGCAGCCCCUACCCAUUCUGCUUCUAGUGUGUGUGGUCUGUGCAAUCAUUGGCAAUUAGUGAUGGCAAAUUAGCAUAACGAUCACCUCUUUCAUAUUAAUUCCCUACUGGCCCACGCUGCACCGGUCCUCUGUGCUUACUUCUGCGUGUCUUAAGUACCACCAUAGGGGGAAAAUGACAAUCAAGACAUAAAACAAAGAUCUCUUAACACAACACGAAAGGCAACAGCUGUCGUGACUGUAAAGCGAGAGCAUGACCUCCUUUUUGUGCUUCUCAAUGUCAAAUGUUCCAAAAGUAGUUGGAGGUGUCCAAACGGCGCUGCACAACGCUGCGAUCGCUCCUCUCCUCUCUUCUCCUCCACCGCCUGAGCAACAGUGCGUCUGAAACCUCCAUUAACCGGACACAUAAACAGCGUUGUGUACGAUCAUGCAUGUCCGUCUGCCUAUCCAAACCUGAGCUAAAUGUGUGGGUAAUUAUAAAAUAAUAGGGGUUCAUUCAUGCUUGGGAGGUUUCUACUUAACAUUUUCUCUCGCCGCAAAUGGGCGAAAGUCAGACUGAACCCGGGAGCGGCUUGUAAGCUCCCCCCGAUAUAAAAAGUUGAUAUUGCCAGUUAAAGACAGAAUCUUUGCAGUGGUGUAAUGACCGUGGCCUCUCUAUUAAGGCUAACAGCUCCCAUCUUCUCCAAGGUGGUCAUUUGGUAAUAGUGCUCAUUCAGCCCAAUCAAUGGUUUAAGCAGCAGUGAACCAU